AUGAGAGCAUUUCGAAGUGAAUCGGCGACCCUCGCGGUCUCCGCUGUCUUGCUCCUCUGCUCCCUGGCGAAUGUCCUACGGGCGACCGCCUUCAAAGUUCAGGCGCACGAAGCUGUGUCGAUGACCACGCUCAGUGGCCUCAGCACUUCGGCUAACCAGGCUCUCAGGCGCUUGCUCAACGGAAAAGAUCUCGCCGAUGUCGCAGGCUGGGCGCACCGCGUCUCUGAUAAGUAUCCCGACACUGCACGUCUUCAUUUCAUGGCCCAACCGACGUGUCCAGCCAAGCCGAUUCGGUUGGAGGACGUUGAGCUCGAUUCAUCUUUCUGCAAGGAGAAAGGCAACUGCCUGCUGGAAGCCAUCACGUACUUCUUCUUCCACCUGGUAGAUCCUGACCAAAACCAAGUGCAGCAAAAAGACCCCGAGGUGAUGACUACGACGAACUUCGUCUUCCCUCACGGUAUCAAGACGACAGAUGCAGACGCGGUGAAAUACAUCAUCAACCUCAUCGCCGAUAUGCAUGAGCCCCUGCAUCUCGGCAGCCAGGACGACAACUUCGGAAGGAAUGUCGUCGUGCAGUAUAACGACGGCGCGCAGAUGCGCUUGACGUCUUUCUACAACUACAUCGAAGGCGUCCUCAUCGACAAAACUAUCAAGCAGAGACAGUACUUCUGGUUCUCUGGCUGGACUCACGUGAACUCCAUCAAAGGCUCCUACGACUCCGAGAAGACUCUCUUCGCCACGCACAAGGAGAAGAUGUUUUCUCGCUGGACGAAGGAAAACCGCGUUGUGCUUUGCAACGAGCUCUAUCCGCAACUCCGCAAAACUGGCAAAGACGCGCGCGCGGCUGCGAAGGCCCUCGGCAACGCGAACGUCGACGAUUUCGCCACUGCAGCUUUGAGCACCUUCAAGAGCUCUGACGCUGUGCCUCUGUUUGAGAUCGACACAGCAGCCGAAUUCGCGCUCUUUGAGGUGCUGAAGAAGCGCAUCUUGCUCGCGGGUGCCAGGGUCGCGAUUGUCAUGAACCACAUUCUGCAGGUUCGCGAGAAGACUGAUCUCGGUAAACUGCGACAAGGCAGCGGCGUCGCGGACGUGGUGGACUCUGUCGAGCCUCCGUUGGCGGUUGAGGACAUGUCUAUGGUCUACCUGAAGAAUUUCUUGACGAACUUUGCGAUUUUCCUGGUCAUUCUGCUCUUCUUCGCGUACAUUUCGCGCUUCUACUCCUCGCCGCCCGGGCACUCGCCAGCGCACAGAGGCGGCGCGGGUGCGUUGGGCGGCAGCCCCAUGACAAAGCUCGCGGCAGUCGGUGGCACCGCUGGCGGGGGAAAUCGCCUUGAGAUGAGCGACAUGAAGGACAGCUAG